AUGUGAGCUGAUUGUGCAAAUCUGUCUCCAAGGUCUCCUCGGCAGUGGGGUUAUGUUUGGAGGCUUUAUGUCCUGGCUACUAUCUUACUUGUGUUUCUCUUUUCCAGAGGAGUCUACUUCUUACUAGAGAAAGAGCGGGAACAAGCAUUCCUGCCACCCAGACCAUGAGCCCUGCCCUGAUGCUGGCCCUGCUGGGCAUCACCCUCGCCCUGCCUCGAGCGAGAGCCCUGGACUGCUACUUUGGGGGAGCGGAGACCGUGCGGAAUGUAUCGGAACAGCCCUUGCAGUGGACGACUUCCCAGAAGAACUGUGGCGAAGGUUUGGGCUGCCAGGAAAUGGUGAUGAUCGUCCAGAAUGAACUCUUCCUGUAUCUGGUGCUUCUCAAGGGCUGCACCCAGGCCGCCAAUCAGGAGGCCCGCGUCACCGAACACACUACAGGCCCCAGCCUGUCCAUCAUCUCCUACACGCGGGUGUGCCGGGAGAAUCUGUGCAACAAUCUCGCCAGCAGCCUCCCUCUCUGGACCCCGCGCCCACCCAAAGUCCCGGGUUCUGUGCGGUGUCCAGUCUGCUUGUCUACAGAAAGCUGUCUGUCGGCCCCAGAGCUGACCUGCCCGGCUGAGAGCUCACACUGCUACAGUGGGGUCCUCCACCUCACCGCUGAGGGCACCACCAGACUCCAAGUCCAAGGAUGCGUUUCUCAACCAGGCUGCAACCUGCUGAAUGGAACCCAGGAAGUUGGGCCCAUCAGCCUGCAGGAGACUUGCUUUCCUCAAGCCAGUCUGACCUGUCAUCGGGGGAUCAUGCUGCGGAUGUCUGCAAGCCUGAGCCAGGACCCUGUCAAGUGGUCCACAACUGGGGAGCAGCAGUGUAACCCUGGGGAGGUGUGUCAGGAGACCCUUCUGCUCAUAGAUGUAGGACGCAGGUCGAUCCUGCUGGGGAGCAAAGGCUGCAGCCAGAUCUGGACCCCGGCUACCACCAUCCACUCGAAGACCCCCGGAGUGCUGGUCGCCUCCUAUGCUCGGGUCUGCUCCUCCGACUACUGCAACUCGGCCGCCAGCAGCAGUGUCCUGGUCAACGCCCUGCCUCGUCCAGCCGCCCCGGCCCCAGGACACCUGCAAUGUCCCAGCUGUCUGGUCCUUGGAUCCUGCUCAGAAAGCUCUAACGUUGUGACGUGUCCUCAGGGCACCAGUCACUGUUACAAGGGUCAGAUUUUUCUCUCGGGAGGUGGGGUGACCACCCCAGUGGGCAUCCAGGGCUGCGUGGCCCACCCAUCCAGCACCUUGUUGAGCCGUAGGCGGACUAUUGGGGUCUUCAAGGUGCUUGAGGAGCGUGAGGGUGACGAUAAGGUGGAUCCGCCUCCCAUUUUAAGUGGAGCUGCCCCUGGCCCUUCCCUGGCUUGGGUGGUGGGGCUGGGGCUGUCCCUAGCCCUUUGGUGUGGGGCACCCUCCUUGCUGACCCUGUUCCCCCAUAAUCCUUAGCUCCUGCUGACCCCUACACCCCACCUCUCCCUCUGACCUCAUAAUUCAACAGCCUUGGACACUGAAUCAUGUCCCAGUCCUCAUCACAACCCCCCCCCCCCCACCACACACACACACACACACACACUAUCUGACCUGGUGACAGCAUAUGGAAAGGCCUGGGAACAGCUGAACUGAUCCUCUGAGAGGGUGGACAUUCAACCAGUGGCCAGCUGAGUGUGAUAAUAAAGACACUGUCCUUUCCCCACA